CAUCGCGUUGCACGUUGUAUGAGGAGAAAUGCGCGUCUGAUUUUUAACUCCUGCCUGCGUGUUGGUUUUUUUUUUCUUUUUUUUGGGGGGGGUCCCAGUAAAGAGCCCGGGUUGUGUGGGGGGGGCUGCCUUCCUCACACCCCACAGCGCGGGCUGCGGCUCCGAGAAAACCAUUGGUCGCAGGCAGCCCGGGCGCGUUACGGGCACGCGGCGACGGAGGCUGUAACGCUCGGGGCUGCGCGGCGCUGCGGGAGCGGAGCCCUCCGGCCGCACGGGGGCGCCGUCCCCGCGCCGUUCCCACGCCGUCCCCGCGCGGCCAUGGCGGACGGCCCGGCCCCGAAGCGGCGGCGGGAGGAGGAGGAGGCGGCGGCCGAGGCGGCGCCGGGCGGCUCCCCGUUCCCGUUGGGCUCCGUGCGGCUGCGGCGGCUGCUGCGGGACUCGGCGCGCGAGAAGGCGGCCUUCGUGCACGGCCAGGUGUCCGGGCCGGCGGGGGAGGAGACGGACGCCGUGCUGAUCCUGGAGAAAACCCCGUUCCGGGAGGAGGAGAUCGAGGAGCUGCUGAGGAGGCACGGCAAGCUGGAGCUGCAGACGCGCAACGACAUUUACAGCACGUACCGCCUCCGCCCGCCCCCCGAGCUGAGCGAGAUAAAAGCCACAGUGGUGUACCCUGCCACAGAGAAACACCUUCAGAAGUAUCUUCGUCAGGAAGUGCACCUCGUCCGUGAAACCUGGGAGGACUACAGGAACAUAACACUGCCCUUCAUCCAGUCCCAGAGCUUCAGCAUCCAGUGGGUGUAUAAUAUCCUGGAGAAGAAAGCUGAGGCUGAUCGAAUCAUCCAUGAAAACCCAGACCCUUGCAAUGGCUUUGUUCUAGUUCCAGAUUUUAAGUGGAAUCAAAACCAGCUCGAAGACCUCUACCUGAUAGCCCUCAUUCACCGCCGCGAUGUGAAGUCUCUCCGGGACCUCACAGCAGAGCACCUCCCUUUGCUGAGGAACGUCCUGCAGGAAGGCAAGGAAGCCAUAGCAAAACGCUUUGGUGUGCCCGGAUCGCAGCUCCGCAUCUACCUGCACUACCAGCCCUCCUACUACCACCUGCACGUGCAUUUCACUGCCCUGGGCUACGAUGCGCCGGGCAGCUCUGCUGAGAGAGCCCAUCUGCUGGAGGACGUCAUUGACAACCUGCUGCUGGAUGCUGAGUACUACCAGAAGCGGGCGCUGACCUUCGCCCUGCGGGCUGAUGAACCCCUGCUGAAGAAAUUCCGGGAGGCAGGAAGAGUGUGAGCUGGCAGAGCCAGACGUGGAGCUGCUUUUUUAUCUUUUUAUCCCGAUAAAUCUGUGGGUUUUGGUGAUGGGGGUUUUUUUGGGUUUUUUUUUUUUAGAGUUUUGUCGCUUUUUGUUUUUUUUAUACUCGGGUUUUGUACGAAAUUGGGGCUGUCAGCCCAUUGCUAUGGAAACUGCUCCUUCUGCUUAAGUCAAUUAAAACCUUGAUGGGGUAACCUUGGUGGUGUGUUGGUUUUUUUAAGCAGACAGAGCAGCAGCCUGGGCUCCUCUGAGGGACUGCGACAGGAGGACCUGUGCCCAUCCACCUUCACCCAGUUAUCCGUGCCAUGGUGUUCUCCAGAGCCCUGGAAGUGGUGGCAUGAGAACGAGGUCUGCCCACACGGCCCUCUGCUUCCUCACCAAGGGACAAAACCUCUGAAAACUGCAUGAGUUCUCACUGCCAGCGAGGGCUCUGGUUUCUGGUCAGUCGGUAACCAGGGGUGUAAUUGCAGGCAUCAAAUUGCUGCCCAUCCUGCUGUGUGCUCCUUUCAGCACGCUGGGGUAGGAGCUUUCCCUUGGCUUUCCUUUUCGUUUUUCUUUUUGCUGACUCCUUUGCUCUGGGGGCAAAAAA